GCGAGCUCGACCGAAUAAAUAUUGUUUGUAAAAGGCCCCCCCCUAGUGUACGAAAAUUUAGUGGCACGUUGAAUCACUUUGCAACAGUGUGGCACCACCUGCUUUCUGGCAGUGUGACUACAGUGUUCACCCGGGGAAGAAGAUGAGGGGGAAGAUGUCUGAGGCUCAUGCCGAGGCGGGAAACGAAAUGCCGGCAAAAAAGCAGAAACUGAGCAGCGAUGAAAACAGUAACCCUGACCUUUCUGGAGACGAAAACGACGAUGCUGCAAGCAUCGAGAGCGGCACGAACGCCGAGCGCCCAGACACUCCCACUAACACCGCCAAUGCCCCGGGCAGGAAGAGCUGGGGCAAAGGCAAGUGGAAGUCGAAGAAAUGCAAAUACUCCUUCAAGUGUGUUAACAGUCUGAGGGAGGACCAUGGCCAGCCUUUGUUUGGUGUCCAGUUCAACUGGCAUAGCAAGGAGGGCGACCCCCUUGUCUUUGCCACAGUGGGAAGCAACAGAGUCACCUUAUACGAAUGUCAUUCUCAAGGAGAAAUUCGUCUCCUGCAGUCUUACGUAGAUGCAGAUGCUGAUGAGAACUUCUAUACCUGCGCAUGGACCUAUGACACCAGCACCAGUCACCCUCUCUUGGCGGUGGCUGGCUCUCGCGGCAUUAUCCGCAUCAUCAACCACAUCACUAUGCAAUGCGUUAAACAUUAUGUAGGGCACGGAAACGCCAUCAAUGAGCUCAAAUUUCACCCGAGAGAUCCCAAUCUUCUGCUGUCAGUAAGCAAAGACCAUGCACUGCGUCUGUGGAACAUUCAGACGGACACUCUCGUAGCCAUAUUUGGUGGUGUGGAGGGCCACAGAGAUGAGGUCUUGAGUGCGGACUUUGACCUCCUCGGUGAGAAGAUCAUGUCCUGUGGAAUGGAUCACUCUCUCAAGUUGUGGAGGAUCAACUCGGAGAGAAUGCAGAAAGCAAUAAGAGGUUCUUAUGAGUACAACCCCAGCAAGACCAACAGGCCUUUUGUAUCUCAGAAGAUCCAUUUUCCAGACUUCUCCACAAGAGAUAUACAUAGAAACUAUGUUGAUUGUGUGCGCUGGCUUGGGGAUCUAAUCCUGUCUAAGUCCUGUGAAAAUGCUAUUGUGUGUUGGAAACCUGGGAAGAUGGAAGAUGAUAUUGACCAUAUCAAGCCCAAUGAGUCCAAUGUGACUAUUUUGGGCCGCUUUGACUAUAGCCAGUGUGACAUCUGGUACAUGCGCUUCUCCAUGGACUUCUGGCAGAAGAUGUUAGCUCUAGGAAAUCAGGUCGGGAAACUCUAUGUCUGGGACUUGGAAGUAGAAGACCCUCAUAAAGCAAAGUGCACCACCCUCACCAUACCAAAAUGCACAUCAGCUAUCAGACAGACCAGCUUCAGCAGGGACAGCAGUAUUCUCAUAGCUGUGUGUGACGAUGCCUCUAUCUGGCGCUGGGACAGACUACGCUGAUGAGUCAUCAUUCCUGAAACGGGUUGAAAUUACUGCUCUUCACAUGGGGGGGUCCUGCUGGCCGAGGAGCUUGGACAAUGGAUGCUCAUUGUGUCCAAUAUCCUUAGGCUGUGGAAGCUGCUCAAUGUGGUGCCCCCUAUCAGUGACCAUUCCCCAAUAUCAGGCAGUUCCUGGCAUUGCAUAAUUCCCCUUUUUCUCUUCGGAAAUUGCUUUGAGGAUAAUCAAAACUGUUCUCUGACGAAGUCUUGGAUACUAAUCUACACAUGUAUAUCUCCUGAAAACAUUAACUGGGGCAAGUAAAGUGCUUCCAUUUAUUUAAGUUAGGUUACCUCAGAUGUGUUGCACCUCUGCUUUUUUGUCACCUUUUCUGUCUUUAAUAAAUACCUAUUUUUUAACAGUU